UGUUUGGAACUUCAUCUUCCAUCCUUAGAUCACCGACGUCAAUGAUGAACCCCCUCGCUUUGAUGAAAACUUCUACAUCGUGAGCGUGGACGCUAGCCACCUGACUGUCGGGCAAAUCAUAGCCAGAGUGGAGGUUACGGACAAAGACCUUCCACCCUUCAACGCCACUCGAUUAUUUAUCAGCCGUGGUAAUGACGAUGGCCUAUUCAAGAUAGAUGAAUCUGGAAAAGUCUCGAUAGCUCGUCUGAAUCAACACCUCAUUCGAGAAAAUUACAAUCUGACGCUGCUGGCCUUCGAUGGCACUCAUGCGACUACAGCCCUGAUGAUGAUUACACUACAUUCUGGAGCCUCAUCGACUGCUUUUGAGUGUGAUCCGGAGAAGAGCAUUGAGAUCAAAGUCAGCGAGGAUAUACAGAAGGGCACUGAAGUCUAUCAUGAAGAAACUCGUAUGGGUGUGGGUGGAUCUCGAUAUUUGCUGGUGUCUUCGGAAGUUCUGCCAUUUGCCGUGGAUCAAGAGACUGGCUCUAUCACUGUGCAAGGAGGACUGGAUGCAGAGACGAGAAAGAAGUACACCUUCACGAGACAGUUGGAAAUUAAGAGCUCUGGAUCGACUUGCAACCAACAAGUUACUGUCCACGUACAAGACGUCAAUGACGAGACUCCGAAGUUUCUGAAGGACGAGUUUCUCGCUUCCAUCAAAGAGAACGAAGCCGCAACCGAAACCGAACGAAGUUUUGUCACUGCUGUUCAUGCUGUUGACAAAGACUCUGGAGCCUAUGGCCGAGUUCGGUAUAGCCUGUUGGCUGACUACAGUGCCUUUGUCAUAGAUAGCGAUACUGGAGCCAUCAGCACCAUUCGACCAUUGGAUCGAGAAGUUACGCCUGAAUAUGUGCUGACCGUAAUGGCACAA